AUGGCCCCAUAUCUACCACCAGAAUGUCUUCAUAAUAUUUUUAUAAACGCUCAAGAUGACAAAAAAACACUUUAUUCUUCCCUUUUUGUCAGUAGAGAUUGGUGCGCAAGUGUAGUUCCGAUUCUGUGGAAAAAGCCAUUUAAUCUUGCGGCAUUGACGUCACGCUCAUCUUCUGAUGAUCUAUAUGGUGGUUAUGUCAUUCGAACGUAUAUAUCUUGUCUACAAGAGUCAGAUAAAGAGCUCCUUCGUUUUCAGUACGACGACCUAUUACCUUCAUUCGAUUAUCCGUCUUUUAUAAGAGAAUUGGAUUUUGAAGAACUUUAUUAUGAGAUAUCUAAAUGGAUAUCUACGAAUUUUAUCACGAAAAAUAUAGACAAAAAGAUUUCAAACAUAUCUGACAAUUUUGAUCAAAGAAAAUUUACUCUAAACAAAAUUAUUUUGAAAUUAAUCUUUGAGAAAUGUCCUGCAUUCGAUUAUUUGUAUUUAGAUGUUGGAAGAUUAUCAAAUAACUUUAUCAAUAUUUUGAUUGAAUUAUGUGAACAAUUCAAACCUAUUUGUUUACAAAGAUUGAGUUUCUUGGAUUAUCGUGGAGUUGCAAAUCCUUAUAAUACUACAAAGCCUGAAAAUGAUAUUUUAAAUUCAUUAUCUAAAAUUUGUAAGGAAAUUACGUGUAUGAAGAUAAGGUCUUUUUCUGCUCCUACUAGUGAUUCUAUAAUCUCAUUAAUUCAAGGUCAAAGAAAUUUACAAAAAAUCUAUUUAUGGGAAUGCAAUCUUUAUGAUAUGUCAGAAGUUAUGAAUGCAUUUGCAAGUCAAGCUAAAAAUUUAAAAGAAGUUAAUAUAUUUCAUUGUUCCUUCGAAUAUUGUGAGCCGUUGCAUGGAUUAGCCAAAUGUCAAAAUUUAAUAAAACUUUCCAUCAGGCAAUGUGAUCAUGUUACUUCAGCUCUUUUACAUCCUAUCGCACUCGUCAUUUAUCCACACAUUAAACAAUUGGAACUUUAUGAUUUCAAUCCAUCUCUAACGUUUAUGAAUGAUGAAGACAUUCCAACGGAACAAGUUCAAGCAAUUAUAAUGAAUUGUACUAAAAGUAUUCGACAUCUUAUUACUAAUCUCAAUCAUGAUCAAUAUUUUGGAAUUAUUGAAACUAUUGCGACAAAUUGUAUUUAUUUAACAACCUUGGAAUUAAAUUUACAAAGAGAAGAACAAAUUCCAAAAUUUUCACCUAUAUUAAAGUCUUGUAAAAAGUUAAAGAAAUUGACAAUUCAUCCUUUAGGAUUUGUUUCUAAUUUUAUUCGAGUAUCUGAAAACAGCAUUCAAUUGUUUGUGCCGAAUUUAUCAACAGAAAUCAUUUAUUUAGAUAUAAAAAGUUGGAUUCUUAGUGUUAAAUCAUUGGAUAUUCUUUUAAAUCAUCUUGGGCCUAAUUUAAAAUUCAUUUCUUGGGGAUUUGCUGACAUUAGCCCUUCUGUAAUUAGUAAAGAAAUAUGGUUUUCUGGUAUAAUUAGUAACUACAUCACGAAACAUUCAAAAAAUAUCAAAAGAUUUGGUGCCUUUGAUUUUUAUUCUCAUGAUGGAUUCAAUGAUGGAAGAGUCUUUCUUAAUUUUUGGUAA